GUCCUGGAUGCGUCAGGCGCCCGUCAGUCCCUCGUUGUGCUCGUUGCCAUGGUGAUCGCGCUGCGGGGGCCGCGGCAGGACGCAGUACCUGAAGCUGACGCAGCCGCUGCGGGACUUCUGGAAGGAUGAGGUCUUCACUGGUGCCUUUGGGGCCCCCUGUGAGCCAGGACCGCGUCAUUACCAGCUUCCCUAAGUGCUACACUCCCGCCGCCUGCCUGCAGCUCAGGGAGCACUUCCAUGGGCAGGUCAGCAUCGCCUGCCAGCGCAGGAGCACAGGGACCGUCGGGCUCAGACUCUCCAAGGUGGUUGUGGUCGGCGAUCUCUACGUGGGCAAGACCAGCCUCAUCCGCAGGUUCUGCAGGAACGUCUUCGACCGUAACUACAAGGCCACCAUUGGGGUGGACUUUGAGAUCGAGCGCUUUGAGGUUGCUGGGAUCCCCUACAGCCUCCAGAUCUGGGACACAGCAGGGCAGGAGAAGUUCAAGUGCAUCGCAUCUGCCUACUACCGGGGUGCGCAGGUGAUCAUCACGACCUUUGACCUCACGGACCUGCAGACUCUGGAUCAUACCAGGCAAUGGCUGGAGGAUGCACUGCAGGAGAAUGAGCCGGGCACCUGCUUCCUGUUCCUUGUGGGGACCAAGAAGGACCUUCUGUCAGGGGCGGCAUGUGAGCAGGCGGAGGUAGAGGCUGUGCGCCUGGCCAACGAGAUGGAGGCUGAGUAUUGGUCAGUGUCCGCCAAGACCGGGGAGAAUGUGAAGGCGUUCUUCAGCCGCGUGGCCGCCCUGGCCUUUGAGCGCUCGGUGCUGCAGGACCUGGAGCGGAGGAGCAGCGCCUGGCCGCAGGUCGGCAACGGGGACCUCAUCCGUACGUGCAGGAAUGGAGGGACAUCCACCCGAGACCCAGGACAGUGAGAGGCCCUCCAGCCUGGGUUGCUGUUAGCCGAGCCUGCAUCAGAGGCCUCUGUCCCUGAUCCCGCGAGGGCAGUGCCUCCUGUGGCGUGGAGGGUGGCGCGGCCGUGCUGAGCCCCAGGGCUCUGCCUCUCCUCUCUAGCGGGUCCAGAGCCAGAAGAGGCCCCACUGGCCGCCCCAGGGCCCACGCUGCCCAGCUGGUGGGGGCACUGCGGUGAUCAUGUGGAAGUCUGGUCACACACAUGGAGCCACCCGGCAGUUCCCCCAGCCCGGAGGGGCCUCACGGCCGCAGACACAAACACGGGCCCCCAGAGCCCACGGUCCUCUUGGGCCCUCUGCCCCAGCCUUCCUGGUUGACCUCGGAAUCUUCCUCCUCUCAAUGGUCCAGGCAAGCAGGACUUGUCGAAGUCAGCACAUGAGGGUAAAUCCACCUGCCAUCCUGGUCUGGAUUUUUCUGUCAGCAGCAGGACUGGCCAUUCUGGACCUUUCCGGCCGAGGGGCCAUCUUUGGCUCCUCCGUAAUCUGUGGCAUCCUGCCCUCCUGGUUAGUGGGCGAGGAGGGGCAGAACAGGCCACCCGUGCCCAUCUGGCCCUGAGACACAAGGUUCCCCAGCCCAGCUGCGCCUGGGUAGCUCGCUGCUACACCCUGGAGCGGGGCACUGCCGGCUCUGCCCCCAGCAGCUGUCACCUGGACUCUGCGGGGCCACCCCUCUCCGGACCCUUGUGAUGGGGUCCACGCGUCCUGGGACACUGGAGGCCCUCCAGCACCUGGCAAGUGGGUUCCCUGUCUCCAUCUCCUCCCUGUACACCCAGAACAGGCAAGCACAGCCCAGGCCCCCUCCCCAGCUCCUGCCAGAGUACCCGGCCUUCUCCUGUCCUCACACUGCUCCCCCACGGGGGCCUCUUGCCCCCCACCUACCCCGCAUGCCCCAGCCCUGGGUGUGUGCCCCUUCCCGCCCUCAUCAGCCACAGGUGGGUGGUUCAGCCGGCGUCUCGCUUGCUUCUUGGAGAUGGUGAGCAUUCCUGGGGCAACCGUGUGGGCGGCACCAUCUCCCAGUGCCCCCAACAGUGCCGGGCACACCACAGGUGCCCAGUGGGUGCCCACCUGCUCACAGCGAUCGCCAGACAGUGGCCAGGGAGACACGGCUUUCUCUGUCCAUUCCCCCGUCACCAGAUUUUGAGCUCUCCUUUUUUAUAGACAUAAGGUACUUCUUUAUAUAAAUCACUCUCAAAGGA